CGCAUUUACCUACAUAAUCGCCAUCAGACCAACGCGAUGCCCAACAACACGAACGGACGCCCUGUUCAAGGGGCUCAUAUAGAUGGAAAUGAAUCAUCUGAUACAAUUGAAACAUCCAGCAGUGUCACUGUUGGUCUGAUGGAGCGGGAGAUAAGGGACCGGAUCAUGGCCCUUCGGGAAAACACGACGAAUGAAUUUGAGGAACAGCUCUACAUCGAACCCUACACUGCUAUAGAAUCGCAAGAGGGAGAAGUCGGAGGAGAAACCGAUUCGAAUACGGCUCCUGUAGAUGAAGUUCAGCGCCGUCACGGUUCGGUUAUCGACCUAACCUCUAUCCCCGCCCCUCUCGAAAAGGCUCUAGCCAAGAUCAGAUCGACGGGAAUGCCAGAGGGCAAAGUUCUCCGCUGGCCGGUGACUCUGGACCAAUGGCGAAGCGACGAAUUUAUCGCGGAUGCUGUUGAGGAUCUGCAAUUCUUUUUAGAUUUGUUCAAAAUGCGCUUGGAAACCCUUCGCAAUGGAGCAGUUGAGAAAGAUCCGAAGCUUCGCGCUGCAUUGUGGCGGGCUGAGAUGAAUGCUUUGGAUUCUCCUCUCUUGAAGAGGCCGCGGCGUGAAUGAGUACUUAUUCUAAUGCCGGUACCUUCGAUUUGUUGUCUUACUGAAAGUUGUUACCCCUUUUUUACUGUCGCAAGAGUAUCUGUGUCUCGAUUUGGCUCAACUACGCCUGCUUUCUGCUGUUGUCUGUCUGUUUUGGUCCUUCUUCAUGAGACAAGAGACAUAGUCGUCAAAUUAUUCCAGUGUUCAAUAUCAUUAGGGGAUCAUGAUGAGCAUACGAC